AUGGAGUCUACCACUGAAACCAUGGCUCAAAGACGAACAUCACGACCUCGCUCGAUGAACCCAUCGCCAGCCACGUCGACAUAUGGAUACCACAACACCUACCAUACUCAUGCGCAGCUCCCGGUCGGGUCACCGCCUUCGUACGCUCGAGCCAUCGACCCUCAGACCCGCUACAUCCUGGAUGAGAGGACAAGGACGGAGAAGGAGGCAGUUCGCAACACCCAAUUACCACCGCCAUACACGUGCACAGUCGAGAUUGAAGGAGUUGUUGGGAUAAAGCAAGAGCUUUCAUCGCCAUUCCAAGUCUCGGGACAUCGCGAGUGGCACGAUGUCUACGCCAUACUUCGAGGGACGCAAUUGAGCAUACACCGCAUAAAGUACCCAGGUCUCCUCAGCAAGAACAAGGAGCCAUCCCCAGGACGAUUAUUACGAACUUAUUCUUUACAGCACGCUGAAGUUGGCGUGGCAUCCGAUUUCAAAAAGACGUCGUUGGUACCCAAGUCACCCUUCGCGCACUUGGUUCCCGCUGUUGCUCGGCCCAAACUAUACGAGACGGAUCCACAUCUUUUCGAGCCUGUACGGGAACAUGCCAUCCGGCUGCGUCUGGAGUUUGAGCAAUUCCUGUUUUGUCCAUCGACUGAGGAAUGCAUGCUUGACUGGGUAGAAUCGUUUUGCGCCGCCAUCGACAUCAGCGCACCUCUAGAAGAUCGCAGCGAGCCCCGCUACCGAAGUCUUCCUCGUAGGGGCAGACGACAACGCAUUUUGGAAAAUGUGCAAUUUGGCGACAACCUCGAGAGCCUGACGAGUCUGGAAGCCGGUCGACGCAUCAUUGCACAACAGGAGCAGAUUAUCCGCCAACUUUACCCACAUCUGGCCGGGACCCGGGAACCAGGUAUCAGCCACACAGCUCCUACGGCAGAUCUAGAACUCGACGAUUUCGACCCAGAGGAUGUUCGCUUUCCGACACGCUAUGCGAGGGAUUCUCUAGCACGCAUUUCUUCACACGAAUACGAGCAAGGCGAUGAUGAGCGUCAUGAGAGUGGCUCCUCGUUUGAUCCCAAGUCAGCGUGUGCGCCACGACCUUCAGCUGCGCAGACCCUGCGGUAUCGCCGCCGUUGUGCUCCAGUGUUGCUUGCUUCUUCUCCACGCGUAAGCGACGUAGUUUUUGGCAAAGGCCAACGCUUCCGCAUUAGCGUCAAGGCUCAUAUGCUCGUCGACUAUACCCCGCACCCACCUCGCUACGAUGUACAUGGCUUCGCGAGGUCUAAACGCCCUACCAACAUCACAACGAAUCACAGCUCGCCAACAGUCACUGCGGGUAAGACUAUUACCACAACUGUCUCGCCCGAGAGACCCAGCUCGCCUGUUCGUGGUGUUAGCGAUAAUUCCAUCACCUCCAUCUCAUUCGGCGAGGACUUGGGCCCUGUUCGCUCAAAGUCGAACAGUGAUGCCACAGGCCCAUCAGGUCCACCAUCGCCGUCUGGCAUGUCGCAAACAAAAAUGGAUGCGGCACGCCAACUGGAGACCAUGGGAAAGCGUCGACCGAGCGAGGAUAGCCGCGAGACAGGCUUGAACGCCGUUACACUUGGUGUUGGCUUGAUGAUCUGA